AUGGUUCAGUAUUUCGCUGUUUCCCUGAUUCUCUCUUUUUUUGGCGGCUCACUGGGAACAACCACCUCACCUCAGCAACAAAACGCCUCAAAGUUAAAAGACUUAUGCCAGGUAAGACAUGCUUAAAGAUAUAAAAUGGAGUACUGCGCCGUAGAUUAGGUACACCCAGAAACUGUUUUACUAGUCUCACGUCGUUACGAUCAUUUACCAAAUAGUACCCGUUAAAACAGUGUAUGGUGGUUUAUUUAAAAGUCCUCGCUUCAGCAUGAUCUUUCCUCGAAAACCCGCUGAAGCCUGUCCAUUGUUAGCUGUUAAUUUUCUCUGAUUCCAUCCAAGGUCCAUUCCGUGCCUCGAAAACAAGGGAGACGGCUGGCGGGUACAGACUUUUUUUCCUUUUGGUGUGGAAUCAUUGUUUGCGAGGGAGUUCCAGGCGUGUAUGAACGGAAUUGUCCUUUCAUUUCCAAAAGAGAGUUAAUCUAAGUAAAGAUGACAUGCACAACUUCUUAGAGACGAGGUCCUAAAACUGGUAUGGAUUUUACAGGCCAAGUCUGAAAACGGAGGUAAAAAAUGACGUGUUUUGGUCUGAAAUAGAGUCAGGAUUUGGGGAACCGGGCGGCACAUCCCCACCAAGAACUCCUAGGAGUACAUCCAAACCCUCCCCCGAGUUAUUUAAGAUCCCGUGUCGUUUUCGUCUCUGCUAAUAACAAGUCAUCUUUAUUUUCAGCGAUCUAUGCUGGGUUUCCCUGGUAUUCCAGGAUCAAAUGGUAUACCGGGAGUGCCGGGCGUCCCGGGCCCACAGGGACCCCAGGGAGGGGAAGGUGUAAAAGGACAAAUUGGUGAUAAAGGAUCACAAGGAAUGCCGGGUCCAAGAGGAAACAGAGGGCGAGAAGGAACCCCUGGGAAGAGUGGACCCCUGGGAAUUAAGGGAAUGAAAGGAGAGGCAGGCAUUGCGGGAAUGAAAGGCGUGCGCGGACCUGUGGGAAUGAAAGGAGAGCGAGGUAUUGUGGGAAUGAAAGGAAGAAAAGGAGACAAAGGAGAGAAAGGAGAAAGAAGUGUAGUACCACAAACCAACUGGAAACAAUGUGUGUCGAAAUCAGACAUCAGUAAUAAUGACGGAAAGAUUAAGGUAAGUAGAAUAAGAAUCAUAACACACUGCUAAGAAAAUUCAUUCCUUUUUAAAUUAAAAUGUUUCAAAGAAGAACGUCUCCCCCCUCACUCACCCGUUUGCCAACACAUUACAUAAAUAACUAAGUUACAUUUCUCUCUAUACUUUGGUUCUUUUUUGAACGAAAAAAAGAAAACCAUCGUGCGUGAUAAAAUGAUUCCUGGCCAUAUGGAUAAGGACAACGAAAAUUUAAGCUAUUACAGAGUUUUAAAAAUUAGGAAGUAAUAAUGACUGGAGUUGUUAGUAUCAAUCAUUACGACACGGUUGCUCGCCUUACUACAAUAUGUUUGAUUUGUUUGCUUUCAUUCCAGGACUGUGCGUUUAACAAACUGCAGUCUAAUUCAGCGCUCAGAGUCUCAUUCCAGGGAAACAUGAGGGUCGAUGGUAAUCAAAAGUGUAACCGCUGGUAUUUCAAGUUCAAUGGAAAUGAAUGCAGUGGACCAAUGACGAUUGAGGCUGUUGUUUACACCUACUGGCCAUCUGGGAACAACCCUACUCUGCUGCAUCAUCGGUCAUUUGAGGGGUACUGUGAAAACAUCCCACAAGGCGCUGUUAGAGUAGAAUUAUGGGUAGGAAAGUGUCGUGGCUACACCCUGGGCAAUGCUCGCACUGGGUGGAAUUCAGUAUCUCGGAUAAUGAUUGAAGAAGUAUCUAGGCCCCAGUCCUAA